AUGGAUGAUCAGCCCCAGAAAACUCCUUUUUCUGAGGGAAAGUCGCCUGCUGACGAUGCUGCGGACUUGUCACAGACCCCACCUUCCACUACAUCUCUUGUACCCACUAUUGAACCUGAGCAAGCUGCGCCCGUGGAAGACGUGCAAACCGUGGAACCUGUUCUUUCUGCGGUGCCACAGGAACAAGAAGAUGUUCAGCAAACUGUUCAAGGCUCAAUUCUUCUUUACCCCUCUCCUGGUUUAGUCUCCGAGAACCACGAGAGUACGAUGGUGGAGGAAGAAGAGACUCCGGAAGACACUGAACAAAGUGUAGAUGCAUCUGUUUUACCAAUUGAGGCCUCUAUUAGUCGUGAAGAGUCUCCUGCGUCCAAUGAAUCCCCUGAAUCUGCGGGAUCGCCCGAAUCUCUUGAUGUUUCUCCUGAGCCAGCAUCUGAAGAUUACUCUGCUUUGUCUUCGUUCUAUCGAAUUGAAGAACCUACCCUUCAUUCUUUGGAACCUGCGCUUUUCCAGGCAUUAUUAUCAGGUUUCGGUGAAUACCAGUCUUUGAAAUCAACCAGUCAAAUCCUAGAGGUUAAUUUGGAGCAGCUAAAACACUCUGCACAAUCCAAAAUAGUAUCUGUUACCACAGAACUACAUACUGCCCAAGAGAAAAUCCGCCAUCUCGAUAAGGAUUCUCUUGAGUCAUCCGGUGAUAAGUUGAAGUACCAGCAAAAAUUGGCCAAGGCGCACGAAGAGAUGCUUAAAGCUCAGAAUAUUGUCUCAGAUUUGAAGCAACAGAUCCAACAGUAUUCUGAAGAGAAAAAAAAUGCAUUUGAGAUGCUCUCUAACAAGCAGGAGCAACUAGUUGGAUCUACCCAGGAAAUCAAGGCAUUGGCUGAAUCCAACAAGCAGUUGAGAAAUCAAAUGAGUGCUUCGGAGACUGGGAAAGAAGAGUUGAGAUCACAGGUGAUGACUGAACUGCUUGCGAAGACCAAAUACCAGAGAGAACUUACACUCGCUAAUCAAUCUUCCAGUUGGUAUGAGAAUGAAUUGAGCAAGAAGACUUCCGAAUUACAGAGGCUUAGGGAAGAAAAGAGGACUGAAGUGACGGAUCUUCGUUCUCGUUUGGAUAAAGCCGAACAGCAUAGUUCGGUUGUAACGAAAAGUAAAGAAACUCUUAGCAAGUCCCUGAAAGACUUACAAGUGAAAUUUGACAAUAGUUUGGUGAAGAUCAAAGAGUUGAGUGAUAAAGUGUCGAAUCAAGAGCAUGAAUAUACGGAAGAGUUAUCAAAGAAAGAGCAAAUGCUUAUUAUUCUGCAAAAUUCUAGUGACGACAGGAAGAACCGUAUUGAUUCGCUACAGAAAAUGUAUGAUGAAACCUCGCAGAAAGUUGCCAGCGAUGAGGCUAGUUAUAAAGCACAAUUUGAGGGUCUUCAAGCAGAUAUCACGAAGCGUGAGUCUAAGAUUAAAGAUUUGGAGGAGACUGUUAACGAUUUGACCAGUGCAAAUAUAAAUUCUGGUGUUGACACAAGCAACAUCCUACUCGGAUUAAAUGAUGGAGGCGGUGUUAGUGGCGCUGAUAGAAGCGUUACCUUGACUCCAUCCGCUCAAAAAGUGUUGAGGGCAACCGAUUAUUCACUCACGGAUCUUGUGGCUGAGAUCAAUCAGCUCCGUAAGGCCUUGUAUAGAGAAAAGAGAGGCCGUCAAAAGGCCGAAGAGGAAUUGACCACGAUUUUCAAAGAAUUGGAUCGUAGAAUGCCGUUGUUGAAGUCUUACAAGGAGAAAUGUUUGUCGUUAGAAAUGAAGCAUGGACAGUUCGAGUUAAUGCUAGACAACUUGUCUAAGGAGAAGUCAAUGUUUCGCACCCAGUUGAGCAUAUCAAGUAAGAAAGCUGAGGAACUUCAGCAGCAGGUGGUUCAACUCACUCAGUACAAGACUGAUCUUCAAAGACAGCUUGCUACAUUAUUAGCUGAAGUGACGGUGAAGGAGCAAGGGGAUGGCUCAUCCUUGACCAAGGAGGAGAAAGCCUACAUUGGUAAAUUGGUUGCUCACGAGCCUGAACUAGAGGAUCUUACCGAUACUGGUAAACUAAUUAGUGAGAGACUUACGACUUUCAAAGAUAUUGAGGAUCUUAUUGAAAGGAAUGAGCAGUUAUUAGUAGUUUCGAGAGAUUUGGGUACUGAACUUGAAAGAAGAGAAAGUUCUGGAUCUGCAGAGCUGGGAGAGGCUGAGAAUGAGGCGCUUGAAAAAUCAAAGGACGCCAUCCUCAAAUUAAAAGAGCAAUUGCAGAACACAAAGACUCAGUUGGAAGCCGUUACAAACAAUAGAGAUAUGUUACAGAAGCUUGUCGAGAAUGGGCAGGUGGCUCCUGGUAAUGAGAAUAACAGCGCGGACGGUAAGGCUUUGAAUGAGAGAAUCAGCCGACUGGUUGAGCAGCUGAGACAGAAGCAGCAGGAGUACAAUGACUUGAAGAGGCAGUAUGAUACGAAGACAUUUGAGUUGAAUAUGAAGGUUCAGAGUCUUAUUUCUGAGAAGUCAGAUGUCUCUCUUGAAUUGGCAAAGGCUAAUUCAUCGAUUAAUUUGAUAAGAGAGAGAGCCAAGUCUUCAGGCUAUUUGAGCGAAGCCACUAAAGCUGAGAACGAGCAAUUGAAAAAGACCUCGGUCAGAUUACAGGAUCGUCAAUCUAAACUUGAAAUGCGUGUUCAACAGUUAGAUGAUGCCCUUCUUGAAUCUAGAAGCAUGCAGGCCACUCUGGAAGUUCAGGUGAAAAGUUUGAGUGCUGAAAAGGUCAUGUGGAAGAACAACGAUGACAGAUUGCGGGAGGAGAUGGAGAAACUUUCAAGUGAGAAAUCCAAGGCCAACUCGUUGACUGUGAAGUUGCAAAUAUUAGAUGCCGAAAGGCAGUCUCAAUUCAAAGGGACCCUUGAAAGACUUAACAACAAUAUCGAUAGACUCCAAAAGCAAUUGGACGAUGUUAGAGCCAAAUUGGAGGCCAGCAAUGAAGAGACGAAGCGGAUCCUUCACUCCAAGAACGCAGAUGCUCGAAGCUAUCAGGCGAGAAUUGAUGGUCUUUCAGAAGAGCUGAAGUCUGCACAGGAGGCUUUGCUAAAUAAGUCGCAUUCUGUGGUUGAGAUAGGCGAUCAUCUGGAGCAAUUACAGAAGAAGUAUGAUAGUUUGAAUAGUAAGAGAACCAGUGGGCUCGUUUCGCUUGGAGCGGAUACCUCUGAUGAUGCUGUUGCUGCUUUAAGGCAAGAAUUGAACCGUGCAUUAGAGGACUCUAAGUUGGCCUCGCAGAAUGCUGUUCAGUACAAGCAGAUUGCUACAGCUUCUGAGAAAGAGCUCAACAUUUUAAACGACACGUACAGCAGAUAUAAGGUCUCGACCGAGCUACGGAUUGCUCAGGGUAAAGAGGAGACUUCCGAAUUGCAGGCACAACUCGAGGAGUUAAGCAAUGCGAAGUCGCUGCUUGAAGAGCGAUUCCAGGCUUUGUCGAAACAAUAUUCUGAGGAGAAGAAUAUAGCAGAUGCUAAGAUUACUGAAUUGAAUGCUGCCGUGAAUGCUUUUGACAGUAUUAAAGCAGACUACGAAGCUAGGAUCGGAUCUCUUAAUGAUGAUAUUACUUCUCGAGCAGAGUUAUUAAAAAGAUCAGAAGAGAAACUCAAGGAGAAGGAUGUAUCAGUUUCUGAGAUUUCUUCCGAGAAUGAGGAAUUGAAACGGCAGAUCAUUUCAUUGCAGGAAAAGAUUUCUCAAUUAGAUAUGGAUAUGAAGGCAGCUCAAUCGGAGCUUGAGACGUUUACUGAGAGUUGGAAAUCCGAGAAAUCAAACCUCGAGGAGCAAUCAAGAAGGGACAAAAUGAGAGUUUCGGAAAUGGAUACUCAGAAUCGGACUCUCAUGAACCAAUUAGAGAGCUCGCAGUUCUCGUUUGGCGACAGCAAUGGUCUAGAGUCUGAUAAGGACAUGAAAAGUCUUCUGGGCUAUUUGCACCGCGAGAAUGAUUCUCUUUCGCAGCAGUUAGAAUAUUCCAAGUCUGAAGAGAAGAAAUUGAGGCAGAGUGUUAGUAUGAAUGAAAAAGAGCUUUCUGAAGUCAAAAUACAACUUGAAGAAGCCAAACAGAGAUCUUUGGUUGCUGAUAAGUAUACAACAUUGCUUGAAAAGAUGAAGCAGGAAUCUCAAGAGUUAUCAGUUUACAAGGAGAACAAUCAAUCUCUUAGAGAUGAAGUGAGGAGUUAUUCUGAGAAAGUUCAAAGACUUGAGAAUGAGUAUAAUUUGACGGUGUCAAAGAUUGAACCAUUACAGCAACAGGUUGCUCAACUUCAGUCUGAGGCAGAGGCUAGAAAUAAGCAAUUAGAGAUUGCACAGUCUGAAUUGAAUGCGAUGAAAACACAGUUAGAGAGCAAAGGGGGUGAGAAAGAUGAGAAUAAGAAAGCCGAAGACGAAGAGAAGAAAGCGUUGGUAUUGCGUGUAGCAGACUUAGAGAGGCAGAAGAGCUCCGCUACUCGAAAUGAAGAGCAAUUGAAGCUUUACCAGACAGAGACACUCAGAUUAAACAAUGAGGUGAAGAGUCUUAAAGCCAGAAUUGCUAGCUUGAAUGAGGAAACAGAGCAAAAGAUUGAAGAGAUCAAGAAGUCUGCAGGCAAAAGUGAAGGUCCUGCAGAUAAAGCUAGAGAAGAAUUCAGAAAGAAAGUUCAUGUUCAAGAAAUGGAAGUUUAUAAAAGAAAGCUUCAGCAGGAAACAGAUGCUUAUAAGAAUCAGGUUGCAUUGGAAAGCGAGGUGUUCAAGAAGAAUAUUGAAGCUGAAAGCAAGACACGUUUGCAGCAGGAGAUGGAGGCAUAUAAAAAACGUGUUCGUGCGCCAAGUAACGCCAGAAUAAGCGAGGUGAUCGAACAACGGUGGAAAGCACGAUCUGCGGAGUUGGAUGCUCAGUAUGAAGCUAAAGUGAAGGAGGUGGAGGCCAAUAAUAGAGAGAGUGUUGGUAGUGGUGGAAUCACUGACGAUGAAAGGAAAAAGAUGCGUGAGGAACUGGAGAAGGAGAAGGAGAGUGUGAGAGAAGAGGUUACUACCUCUGUGAGAAAGGAGACGCAGUUUAGGGAGAAUAUCUUGAAGAGACAGCUUAUGGCACUUAAACAAAAGGUGAAGGAAUUAGAGGGAACACCAUCAACAGCCGACAUGAGUACUACGUCUGCGAUUGUUUCAGCAACUGCUCCUGAAGUUGUCCCUAUCGUUUUCCCUGCAACUGCCCCUGCUUCGCUUCCAUCUGCUCCUUUUUCUGUUCCGUCUGCUCCUGCAUCUCUUCCAGCUACACCUGCCCCUACUACAACGCCGGCCUCUAAGCGUCCUGCAGAAUCGUCAUCGGGAAAUGACGAUAAACGCACCAAAACCGAAUAA